GGCAUUGUGUCUGGCGGCAAAAACAGGCGACCGAAUUUCCGCAGGAAAAAUGAAGCGCACUAGAAACAUUGCUUUUGGGAACGAUGACGAUUCCGAAGACUUGGAUGAUCCAUCAACUCAUGACAGCAACCCAGGAACUUCCAGAGUUGAAAAAAGUAUGCCAGAGUCGAUGAAGAAGCUGUCAAUAAAGAUCAAGAAAGAAAAUCUUAAACUAAGCUGCCGUUGGACUGAAUGUGAAUUUAGCAUUGAAAGAAACCCAUCAGAAUUCAUUCAGCACGUUGGACAUCACAUUGCCAACCUGAAAAUUGUUUUUGAUGAUGAAUUAAAGUCAAACGUUUAUAAAUGCAGCUGGGGAAAUUGUGUGGAAGAAAUGAGAAGUGAAAUUGAGGCCAAAGUCCACCUUUAUUACCACGGAAGCCUGACAAUUUCAAUUGAAAAUGGAGCAGCUAUUCUGUCCCAAGAAGGAUUUCCUCAAUGCAAGAGACUCUCCUCAAAUAAAGACUGCAUCCCUCCUGAUCUUGAUUGCUCCGAGAAACUGAAAUGCCUUUGGAACAAGUGCCACGAAGAGUUUCUUGACUCUUAUGCCUUUUACAAUCACGUCAAGUGCCACACAGCUGGGGCCAUAAAAGGGAAAAAAGAUGCUAAUCCCUGCAGCUGGGAGUUAUGCAAAAGAGCAUUUAGAAGUCGGGCAGAAUUAGAUCGUCACAUGCGAUCUCACACCAAAGAAAAGGAGAUUUUGUGCCCUACCUGUGGCACCAGCUUCACUGCCCUGACUGCAUUAUUUAACCACUGCAUUAGGCAAAAUGAAGAAAAACCUCAUGUGUGCCCCCACUGCAAAAGAGGGUAUCCAUCACAAAGUCUCCUGCAGAAGCACAUCUUCAACCACAUGAACAAAUACAAGUGUCCUUUUUGUGAAUACCUGAGCUCCUACCCCUCAAGAAUUGCUGAACACAUUAUAUUUCGUCACUUGCCUGACAGGUGCUUCAAGUGUGAAUUCUGCACUUUCUCUGCCAAAACAAAAGCAAGUCUACGUCGACACCUGGAUAUUCAUUUUACUUAUGCUGUGAACCACUGCAAAAUUGACGAUUGUGAAUUUUCAUGUAGAUCUUCACAUGCCAUGAAAACUCACAAGGCAAAGAAACACAACAUUGGAGUUAUAAUUAAGUAUGGUUGCCAUAUUUGUGACAAGAAAUUCAAUAGGAAAAAGACUCUAAUCAAACAUGCCGAAAGUUUGCACGAACUCAAAUUAGCUGACGACACAAAAGUUGUGAUGAAAGAAGACAAUACCUACUUCCUAGACCUGCACAAAGACCCUCCUUUCCAGUGCGAAGAGGAAAGCAACCACUCUGAAAAUCCGCUCUACAUCGCCUACGACCAGGUCGACGAAGAGGGCAAUGUGACCUCAAAGGUUCUUGUGGGCGCCCAGCCCAUGUCCUACAUGCCCCAGGUGCUCACCCUGCCAAAUGAGCAGGAAGGCGCCUUCAAACCGGAGCUGGCCACUCUAAAAGCAGUGCCCAUCACCAACAACUACCCUCCCAUGUUCAUCUUCCAAAGCAGUCUGGACGCACUGCAGUCUAACAACGGGAGCGCCAACGCUUUUGAAAUCAUCACCCAAAAUCCAGCCAAUGCAGAGUAAACACAAAAGUGAUGGGGUGCAUGGAGAGGACGACAGAGGAGGCGGUCAUCAGACUAUGGGAGCAGAAGGACUUGGCCUCAAGGAAGGACUUCCUCCAGGGUGCCGGACCUGUGAUGACCAGGUGAGGAAAGGGCGGGGGCAGUUUUUGGAGGCCGAGGCGUUCGCGCUGCCACGGCUCGCGCAGGGCCUCCUUCAAAAGGGCCUCGCGACUUCCGCGGUCCCAGUCGCUCUCGGCCCUCUUCCGCAGCCAAACCAACAAACUCUGUAGUCUUUGAUGAUUUUUUCAAAAUUAUAUUAAUAUUACUUAUAUAAAAGAUUAAAAAGAGAAACCUUUGGUCCGAUGUGUAUUUGGAGUUUGUCUUCUCCAAAGCCCUUUCCCAAAUGCGAGCUGGCAUUUGUUCGACGUCUUUGUCAUUGAUUUCCUAUUAAAAAUAAAUUGUUGUAAAUUAUAAUUUUAUUGUACAUAUUUCCCCAAUGAAAUCUUUUCAUCUGGAAAACUAGAUUUCUUUCAAAUAAUUCAAAAUCGAAAACAUAAAAAUGUGAUUUUAUACAACAAA